AUGAAUUUGGUGCCUGUGAUUUGUGUUGGGUGUUGGUAUGUUGAUGAGAAUCAUCUUGUCGGUGUUGUGAUGGUUGCCAGAGGUGGUGUGACGCGAUUCAUCGUCGGAUUGGUUCUCGUCGAAUGGCUUGGUUUCGCUGUGGUGUUCUCUGAGUGGUUUUGUUGGAUCACAGGCAUCAUUGUGAUUGCGUGUGGUGUGGCGUGA